UUCCGUAAAACGCAAAUAGAGCGCGGUAAUGGAGACUUCAUUGAACGAAAAGCCAAAAGCUGUCCUGUUUUUGCGAUUAGUUUCGUAGUUCCAACAUAUUCUUGUAUGUCAGACCGAAGACUCGAGGAAUCAGCUGGACAGACUAACACAUCGACGUUUAGAGCCGGCUGCUAGCAUCACCAGCCGCAUCAUGGCGCACUGGACCUCCUUCGAAAAGGAGACGGAGAAAGAAACCAAGAAGUUGAUCAGAUGUAUCAGCAAGAUCGAAGACGAGGAGGACCAACAUUUCCAGCUUGCACUUAAGUUUGUGUGGUCAAAUUUCAAGUUUCAUCGCUUUCUGGACGUCGACAGCCAUAAAGUUGGACGAAGUAUCGCUGG